UUUAACUGUUUUCAUCUCUAAAAAAAAGAAGCCGGGCCUUCAGUUUUCUAGCUCUGCUUAAAGUGAACUUUUUAAAGAUACAAAAAGGAGAAAUGGGAGAUAGAAUUGUACAUGGUGGUAAAGUUGUAGCUUGCUCAUUCUUGCUUUGCUACCGUAGGAGGAGUUUUACCUCUGUAGGGCCUCUGUAAAAACGAACAUGUGUCGAGAUGCGGCUUUCCCGUCUGAGAUAGGAAUCUGGUUGUCAGGAUCACAGCUCCUACAACUUCGAAAUUACCGGGAUUGAACUCCAGCUCGGCGCUGAAGCAUUCGGCUCAAGCAGAAAAAGUUUGCUGCCUGUUCUUGCCUUUAACGACCGGUUGACACAGUACAGAGAGAGGAUUGUUUCCGCUCCCCACAACGCCCCUCCCCUCUCAAAUCUAUAUUGCCAGCGAGUGCUGACAUAUCUCGCUGUCUCAACCACGUUGCAAACUCCUCCUCCGGUAACCUACGGGUAUUGGAAGAAGAGGAAUUGUGGAAAGAAAAGGAAGAGGCGGCGGCGCCAGAAGCGCCUCAGCGGCCCACAGUUCUAAGCUUGAAUAGGGCGCGAAGAAAGUAAAGCAAAUCCGACCGCGGGGCGGAGGGAACAUCCAGCCGCCACGCCACGGAUUUUUUGAGCGAAGCCUGACCUUCCGGUACUCCUCAAAGUACCACGACGUCAAGAAAGCAAAGCAAACGAUUCAUUUCCCACGAGCCGCAGGUAGGACCAGCACUGGAUUAAGUAAAUCUGUGACAAUUUCGCUGAAAUAAUACUAGGCAGAAUUGAAGAAAUAUUUAUGGCAGCCAUAGAAUGCUUCACAAACUGAAAUUUAAAGAACUUGGACCUUAAAUUUCUUCAGGAGUAACCAGGACUUAAAAGGCUCCAGCGGAUAAUCUAAGAAAUAUACUGCUGUUUUGAAAAAUACCCUGAAGUGUGAAGUUUUCCCUCUCUUUUUCUCAUAAGAAAUAGCAAAGAAUUUUAGUAACCAUGGAGUUUGUUGUUGAGUUUAACAUAACAGGUUAAUUUUAAUAUUGAAAAUAUUGACUCAUUUGUUUUUCUACUAUUGUUUGAAUGCACAAACAUUUAAAAAUGGAUAAAUAUGAUGACCUUGGUUUAGAGGCAAGUAAAUUUAUAGAAGACCUCAAUAUGUAUGAAGCUUCCAAAGAUGGUCUCUUUCGAGUAGACAAAGCUGUUGGGAAUAACCCAGAAUUUGAAGAAACCAGAAAAGUUUUUGCUACAAAAAUGGCUAAAAUUCACCUGCAGAAACAACAAGAACAAGAGGAAUUGAUGAAAGGAGCCUCAGUGGAUUUGAAUGGUGGAUUUAAUUUUGGUGGUCAGCUUCCAAGUUAUUCUGUAGUCAAAGACACCACAGGAACAAAUAAACUGCAUCCACGAGAAAAUGUUGCUAAGCCCCCUUUGGCUGCAUCAUCAACAGUAUGUGCAGGUCAUCAGCUCGCUUUUCCAAGCCAGCCUCUACGUCACAGUGAUGGAGAGCAAACAAAAAUAUAUCAAGAUGACUAUGGAUAUAGCAACAGUUUACAGGGUCCAGAUAUUCCUGGAGGACCAAAUUGCCACAGAUCAGGUCAGAUGAACCCAGGUGGUUCUAAGGCAGUGCUUCCUUCCCUAUCAUGGAAUGAACACAGCAAUGGUGAUAAUCAAACAGGUGUUCAAAGAAGGAAGAAAAGUGCUGGUAAGCUUAGCAGCCAAAAAUCAAAUAUCGGCUCUCAUUUUUGGUCAAACAGCCAAGAUGAAUCAUUGCAGAGAAGCCCUAAAAAACUUCAUGCAGAUCUUCAUCUAUGCCAACAAUCCCAAAGCCCUUACAGAUCUUCAGAAAGUGGGCAUGGAAGUCGGGAAAGUGAAAAUGAAGGUCCUGGACUAAGUAAGAGCUGUAUCCAAAACCUAGCUUGCCAGAGACCAUCUUUUUCUCAUGACAGUAUCCUCUUGUCUUCUUCAGUUGGGGUUGGUGAUGAAUCAGCCAUGAGAUAUUCACAGCAGAAAUCUUCAUCGUAUUCUGUUUCAUCAAUACAUUCUUCUCAGAUUCUUUCAAACCUGUCUGUUAAUUUUCAUCCAAAUAGAAGCAGUGGUGACAACCACUCAAGGUGCAGUGAUAGCACUCAACCUUCAAUUUCUACCCCAGUUCCUUCAAGUGCAGAUUAUCAGCAGCGCAAUAUUCAUCCAUACACUGCAGAUCAUUUUGUAGUUCAUGGUCAAAAUUACAGGCUUAAUUUUGCUGGUUCUGGUCUGAGUCUUGAGCAGAAUUCUAUCACUGCAACAUCUCAUGGACCAAUGAUUUCUGAUGUUCCCAAAUCUCCUUUUAAAGAGAGUGUCACUGUUCAGCAGCAUGACUGUGGUCCUCAAGAAAUGUCUGGUUCUGCAAAAAUAAAAUUACCCUGUCAGAUGCUCCUUUCACAGCAAGACCAAGGGCUCUCUACUGCUGAAUUAAAAUUAGAAGCUCUUACUCAGCGCCUGGAGCAGGAGAUGGAUGCAUGUCCCAAGGCUGAUUACUUUGGAACCUGCCUGAAAUGCAGCAAAGGUGUAUAUGGUGCAAACCAGGCCUGCCAGGCAAUGGGGAAUCUCUACCAUGAUGGAUGCUUCACUUGUGGAGCAUGUAGCCGAAAAUUGAGAGGGAAAGCCUUUUACUUUGUUAAUGGGAAGGUGUUUUGUGAAGAAGACUUUCUAUAUUCAGGCUUUCAGCAGUCAGCUGACCGAUGCUACAUAUGUGGUCAUUUGAUCAUGGAUAUGGCGGCGGAUCUGGCCAGGAGGAAAGAGAAGGUGAGUCUGCGGAGAAGGAGGAGAAAGGCAUGCGGCUCUGCAAUGUGCACUGGAGAACCACAGAGGGAAGUAUUUUCGGGCAAAUCCAAAAAUGAGAUUUUGCAAGCAUUGGGGAAGUCAUACCAUCCAGGCUGCUUCCGUUGUGUGAUUUGUAGUGAAUGUCUUGAUGGAGUGCCAUUCACAAUAGACAGUGAGAACAAAAUUUACUGCGUCCGAGAUUACCACAAAGUUUUGGCACCAAAAUGUGCAGCUUGUGGCCUUCCUAUUUUGCCAACUGAAGGAUCUGAUGAGACUAUCCGUGUGGUAUCAAUGGACAAGGAUUACCACAUAGAAUGUUAUCGCUGUGAGGACUGUGGAAUGGAACUCAAUGAUGAAGAUGGUCAUCGUUGCUACCCAUUAGAUGAACAUUUGCUUUGCCAUUCUUGCCAUCUUAAGCAUAUAGAAAAAGACACUAACCCUGUCGCUUCCUAUUGGCAUCACUAUUAGUCAGCUAAUAGUGCUAAAGUUUCCAGAAUCCUGUCAAAGGAAUCAGUAAUUUUGGGGAGCAGUUGUAUCCAUAUGGGAGUGAAGAUCUUUUAUAUGCAUAGGAGACUGACAGCAUACAUAUGGUAUUAGGGUACUUAGUAGUUUUUUUGCCCUUAGGCUAAAAAAGUGGGGAAGGGAUAUUUAGGUCAUGUAGGUCUUCAUAUCUGUACAGUAUAUAUGUCAGUUAUAGUUCCUACUGUAAUUUGUGGAAAUAAAUGUUUCACCAGUUGGCCCAGAGUUCUAAGAAUACAUUAAUGGGUUCCCUUAGUGAUUUUAGUGUCACAAAGUUACGGGGGUUUUUUUGUGCAGCCUUCACCUUUAUAAUUUGAUCCUGAUUUCUAAAAUUGUAAAUAUUUUGAAAAGAGUUGAUCUGGUAUUUUCCACAUUUAAUUUAAACUCCAGCCUUUCUACAUAACGUCAAAAAUGAGACAUUAUGUACAGAUGUGUGAAAUACCAGGUGAUCAAAAUAACCCAAGAGCACAUAUGGAGACAAUUGAUAGAGGUAGCUACUUUUAUAACUUUUGAGCACUUGAAACAAUUUGAGAUAUGAACUUUUGAGAAUUCUUUUUAGAGAAACACGGAAAGAGCUAGAAUUACUUGUACUGAAGAAAGAAAAACUGGUAUGUAUUCCUUGAACUCUGGGGCCUUAAAUCACAGAUACUGUAUUAUGUUUAAUAUGUCUAAUAUUACAUCUUGCAUACUUGUUCCUAAUUCUUAGGAGAAACCUAAGCAGAUAGAUGAUGUUAAUUUAAUUUUUUUGUCCCAGAUGUUUAUCAUUUGAUUAUCCAUAUACUACUCAACUUUAUUGUGUGCCAAUAAACUAACCUCACAUCA